AUGGCGGGGCACGCGAGGAACGUGGAGAACCAGUGGCGCGCGAGCGCGACGCAUCUGCGCGAUAUGGCGCGACAGAACGAGGAGACGCUCGCGCGACACAAGGACCUCGUCGCCGGGCUCGCGGACUUGAACUCCACGCGCGUCCUUCGCGAGGCGCAUCGACGGGUCGUGCCGGAGAUCGACGCGCGGCGGGGGAAGUUCGAGCGCGAGAAAGCGAACUCGAUGAAAGCCAUCGAGGAAAGGUUCGAGCGCAUAGGAGCAAGCUACCAGGACGCGGUUCCGUUCGCGGACAUGGGAACAGGGCCGAACGCGCGGCGCGCGGGUCGCGGGGAAACGACGUCCCGUGCGAGAAAUGACAUCCUCCUGGCGCCGCGGCCGCUGCGCGACAAAACGAAUCGCGCCGACGAGGACGACGACCCGUCGACGUCGCCGCGAAUCGGCGGCGUCCUCGGGAUGCUGAGACUCGCGGACGAGGAAGCGAGAUCGAUGCGCGCGGACGCGAUGCAGAGAGAACGCGACCGCGAGGUGGAGGUCCGGGCGUUGCGGUUCCACGACGGGAAAGCCGCGGCGGCGUUGAGACGAGCGAGAGAAAACCACUCGACGAGAGUAGAAGCGGAAGCGCGCGAGAGGAUGAGAGCCGAUGAGGAGAUGAAGGCUUUCCUAGAGGCGGAGGAGCGCUCGAGAGCGAUGAAAGCGCAAGACGCGCUCGCGGUGAUCUCCCGAGCGACGCGAGAGAUGCUGUGCGGGGAACGGUCCGUCGGCGUCGCCGUGCGCAUGGGCACGAAGGUGAGCACGCUCGCGGAGGACGACUCGCGGGAAGGCCGAGCCGCGAAGGAGGCUGGUCGCGUCGCGAGCGAGGCGAAAGAGGCCGUUCGCGUCGCCGCGAUCGAAGUGGAAAACAGCACGAGGCACGCGAAGGAGAUGAGCGAGCGCGCGACGAGCGCGAGGGAGCUUUUACGCGAAGCCACCGAGAGCGGGAGAGACGCGGUCGAGUCCGCGUCGCGCGCGGAGGCGAUCGUCGCGAACCUCAUCGCGGACGGACAAGACGACGCCGCGGAGUGCUGCGAGAAGACGGUCGCCGCGUGGAGAUCGCGCGCGGAUGGCAUCAUGGAAGAGCUCACGUCGCUGCGAGAGGAGUGCGAGAAGGUCGUCGCCGCGUCGAACGAGGCGGAGGACGCGAGACUGCGCGCGAUACGAACGCUCGAGGAGGAAAACGCGCGCCACGCGGCGUCAGCGGCGAUCGCGUCCGAAAUGGAAACGGCGGCGGACGCCGCGCGACGCGACCGCGCGGCGAAACUCGAAAUAGUCAAAGCGAGCACGAUCGCGCAGUUCAAGGCGAUGGAAGUCGCCGCGGGGAUGGAGAGCACCGCCGCGGCGGUGUCCGCCGCGGCGGCGUUAGGUGUCAAGUCGGACCCCGCGGACGCGUUCGCGCUCGACGUCGCCGCCGCCGAGCGCGGGGUCGCGGACGCGGCGACCGCCGCGACUGUCGCGAACGACGCCGCGAACAAAGCGAAAGCGCGCGAACACGUGCCCUUGGACGAGCUGGCGGCGGCGCGGUCUGACGCCGACGAGGCGCGCGUCGCGUUCCUCCUCGCGAUGUGCGAGCUCUACGCCGCCGCCUCCGCGGCGAGCGGGUGCGAAGUCACGCUGACGUUCGACGCCGCCGCCGCGGCGGGGAAACGGUUGACCGCGUGCCGUGGACCCCCGAACGCGGCGCCCGCGUUCACCGGCCGAGCCGGCGCUGUCACGAAGCUCAAGCGCGGGUUCAACGUCCUCGCGGUCGACGAGACGACGGACGAGGUGAUGCGGUUCGAGAACGAGAUGGACGCUUUCGACGAGGCGACGGCGAACGCGAUCGGGGCGUCGGACCGUCUGCCGCCGUUUCUUCUCGACGCGUUCACGUCCCUGGUUCCGCUCGCGUCGCGCGUCGACGUCGCGGUUCCGAACAUCGCGGACGAGGACGAGGACGCGGACUUGAAAGCAAUGCCGAGACCGAGGAGAAACGCUUUCACCCCGAGCGUUUUCAGACCCCCCUCGGCGGUGAAAAGAGGCUCGACGCUCACCGCGCUCACCGCUAGCGCCGAGUUUAAAUCCGGGGCGUCGAAGCGCGCCGCGGGCGGCGCAAAACCCGCGGACCCGCGGCGCCGGGUGAGCGACGCGAUCGACGCGUACAACAAAACGCAGAAAACAUCCGCGCGAACGGAGGCCGCGGUCGCGAGGGCGCACGCCGUCGCUACGAAAGCGCGAGCCGUCGUCGCGAGAAGGUCGCGCGAGGCGGUCAACGCCGCGACCGCGUCGCGGAUGUCGAUCGUUCGGCUGGCGACGGCGAAACGAAUCGCCACGGCGGGGACGCGAGCGAUGGAAGACGCCUCGGAGACGUUGCGCCUCGAGCGCAUCAAGAACCCGACGUUAGGCGCGAUCGAGGAGCUACACGCGCGCGUCAAGGGGUACGCCGCCGCCGCGGACGAGGCCGAGCGCGCCGUGGACGAGCACCGAGGUGCGUUGAAGCGCGCGACGCGCGACCUCGAAGACGUCGAAGGGGACUGGUCCGAGGCGACGGACGUCCUCAUCGAACGCGAAGCCGCCGCCGCGAUCGCGACGGACGCCGCGGAGGAAGACGUCGACGACGUCGACGCCGCCGCGGACGCCGAGGACGCGGUCGCAGACGUGGACGACGCGCGUCGCGAACGCGACGCUCUCGCGCCGGCGGUGACGGCGGCUCGUGAAAAACGCGAAGAAGCGACGAGGGCGCUCCGCGUCGCGGACGAGCUCGCGUCGUUUCACCGCCGACGAACGUCCGCGGCGCGCGUGUGCGUGUCCAUGGACGCGGCGAGCGCGCACAUCGCGGCCGCCGCGUGCGAAGCCGCGGACGUCGCUGCGGUCGUCGGCGCGAUGGAGAUGAGCAUGAAGUUUAAAGCCGUCGCCGCCGCCGCGGCGCGGUCGAAAAAAGUCGCAGCCGAGGCGGACGCCGUCGUCGCCGACGCCGAGGGCGACGUCGCGCGCGCGCUCGCCGCGGUCACCGACGCGGACGAGCACGUUCGGUCCGAGCGCGACGCGCUCGACGCGUGCUGGAUCGCUCUCGCGGACGCGGAGGAGACGCUCGCGAGGGCGCACGCGGACGAGCGACGCGCCGCGGCGAGAGCGCGCGCCGCGGCGGCGGCGGCGGCGGCGGCGGCGAAGGACCUCGUCGACGCCGCGUCGAAAUCGAAGAGCCGACGCGCGCGGCGGGCGAACGACCUUCGCGGCGAGGGCGACCGACUUAGAAAAACGCGCCGCGCGGAGAGGCUCGCGAAGAGCACCGCCGCGCGCGUCACCGCCGCGCAGACAGCCGCGGGGGAGGUGUCGUCCCUUCGCCUGCGCGCCGGGGACGCGGAACGCGCGCUCGAGGACGCGGACGAACGCGCGGAGCUCGCGCGAAUGAAAGCGCGCACCGCGGAGAUGAGACAUCACGACGCGCUGCUGGCGUCCAAAGCUCUGCGCGAGAAAGUGGACGCGCUCGAUCGCGGCGUGGUCGCCGACCGCGCGAACGGGCCCGCGCCAGCUGACGCCGCCGACGCCGCCGACGCCGCCGAGACCGACGCCGACGCGGCGAAGAGACGCUCCCCGCUCGAAUGCGCGGCGGCGCUCGAGGCGACGACGAGGGAGGCGGUCAAGCGUUUGAAAGCGGUCGCCGCCGCCGCGGGCGAGGCCGCCGCGGCCGCGCGCGACGCGUCCGAGUCCGCGUCGCGAGCGGCGAAAGACGCCGCGGUCGAGGAAGAAGACGCGUCCGUGGAGCUGUGCCGCAAGGAGUUCAACGGCGAGUUCCUCGCCGCGGAGGCGCGGCUCGAAGAGGCGAGGCGGACGGCGUCGCGGUUACGCGCGCAAGGGCCGGGACUUCGAAGCGCGGUCGCCGCCGCGGAGGAAGCGAGCGCGAGCGCUCUCGCGCUGUGCACGGAGAUUCGCAAAGGGCACGAGGCGUACGAUAAGCGCCUCGCGCGCGCGCGCCGAGCGACGACGCUCGCGAACGAGCUCGCGGCGGAGGCGGCGGAGAAGCACGCCGCGGCGAGGCAAAAGUUGUGCGAAGCGACGCACGCGCUGACGACGGCGGGGAGGAGAGCGAGGGACGCGUCGGACGCUUUGGAGAGGCUUCGCGCGAGAGAUGCGGAGAUGGAGAGGAAACGCGCGCGCGCCGCCGCGCUCGAGGCGCGUCGCCGACGCCGCGAUAAAGGCGCAGCGCGGCGCGCGGCUGUCCCUGAGAAGAGCCCCGGCGGCGGCGGCGAGCUCGACGAGGACGAGACGAAAGCGAUCGAAAAGAAAUUCGACGACGAGGACGCCGCGGCGACGGCGAAACUGCUGGCGAAACACGAUCGCGCGCGAAGAAAGAUGGCGCACCGCCACGAGGAAGAGUUGCUCCAGCUCGAGGACUGGCACGAGCGCGGCGGCGGCGGCGGCUCGAGGAAAGCCACGCGGAAAAAACACGCCGCCGGCGAGUACGUAAAGACUUUGUUCCAAGGGUACGCCGCGCACGUGUACCGCGACGGCGGCGACGGUUUAAACCCCUCGGACGCGUCGCAGGCGUUCAGCCGCGACCCGGGCGUCGUCGCCCCCGCGGCGGUGUCCAGAAGCCGCGGGGGUCGCGACGCGAAGCUCCCGGAGACGGCCGAUCACGAGAAGCCGUUCGCCGUCGCAAAAAGAGAGAUGGAACGCCGACACGCGAGGGAAGCGAAGGCGUUCGAGGCGAAGGCGAAGACGGCGACGCGGCGGGCGAUCUCGUCCAGGGCGGAGAGGAAAGACGCGUUCGUUCGCGUGGAGAGCGCACGCGCGAGGGCGCGCAAGGCGGAGGCGACGCGGGUCGAGGCAGUCGCGCAGAUCGCGUCCUCAUAG